AUGAGUGAUCCUCCUAAAAUUAUGGUAUUUAGAUUUACCAUCAAAGAAUUUAUAAACUUUCCUUCUUACAUCCAAUUCAUGGAAUUAAAUAGUGCACACCAUGCUGGAUUAGGCAAUGUACGUAAACAGGGAAUAUACACCAUAACUAGUUCAAAAAAGAGAUCAAUAUCAGUGUCCGAUUUUAAAGCAUUGAUCAAAAGCUCCUCAGACAAUCAAGCUCCUGAUGCCUUUGAUUAUAACAAAGUUGAAAGAAAAUAUUGGAAGAGUAAAAAUUUCGGUACAACAAUUUAUGGGGCUGAUGUGAUGGGAUCAAUUAUGAAUGUGGAUCUGAAUGUUUCGCUAUUAUUGAGGCACUCAACAGAGCCUCAUCCUUAUCUUCAAACAAUUAUCUCAUCGCCACUGACUCUCUGUCCUGUCUUCAAGCUCUCUCUUCUAACGUUUUCAAAUCACAUCUCUCUCCUCUUAUAAUCACUAUCAGACAUUUUUUAUUUUCCCUUAUAGAAUCUGGCUUGGACAUUCAAUUCAUAUGGGUACCAAGCCAUACUGGAAUUGCGGGAAACGAAUUCGUUGACAAGCUAGCUAAAUUCUCUGCUUCACUCAAAUGCCCUCCAAGUAUGAAAAUUCUAUGGUCUGAUUUUAUCCUCAUCCUUAGGUCCUGUACUUCUAAUCUUUGGCUUAGACACUGGGUCUCACUCCCUCCUUACUUCGCCACCUGGUACAGAAAGAUAUCUCCAACCAUUCCAACACUACCAUGGUUUCAUAACAUCGAUCUUUCUCGAAAAUGCAUAAUAUCGUUCUCUCGCCUCCGGUUUGGCCAUACACGACUUCCUUCUCAUUCCUUUAAACUGUCAUUGGACGAUUCCCCUCUCUGUACACUAUACAAUGACCCUAUGGUCUGUGAUAUUAACCAUCUACUCUUCAUCUGUCCCAGCUUAUCAACACAUCGUGACCACCUAUUAUCUAUUUUGAAUACCUCCAACAUCACUUUCGACCUUAUAAGUAUACUUUCAAACCAACAAAAAAACAUCAUAAUAAAUAUAAUAUCUUUCUUUAACCAUUCAGGCUUUUUAAUCUAAUCUUAUACUGUACUGUUUCUAUGGUAAUUGUAUUUUUAAUUGUAAUUGUUGAAACUAAUUGUACCCACAAAGUUUAAAUAAAAAAAAAAAACUUAUUAUUUUCGUAUUCAGCCGCUGGAAAAUACACGUUAUUUAUAAGGCUUGAAAGCAUAGUGCAUAGUUUUCAACCCAUUCAAAAUGUUGUUCACGUCAUCUAACUAUUAUGACUUAAUAUUUUCAUAUUUUAAUAAAUAAUGAUUUAUUCAUGAGAUA